UGCUCAGACUGUGGGAAGGGAUUCACUCGAUCAUCUGACUGUCUGCCAUGCCUGUCAUUUUAAAUGGGGGUGGGGGGGGAACCUGUUCAUCUGCUCAGAUGCUGGGAAUGGAUUCAGUUGGACAUUUCAACUGAAGGGACAUCAAUAAGUUCACACUGGGACAAGGCCAUUCACCUGUUCUGAGUGUGAGAAGGGGUUCAGUCGGUCUUCCCACCUGUGGACACACCAGUCAGUUCACACUGGGUAGAGGCUGGUCAACUGCUGAAUUUCUGGGAAAGGAUUCACUCGGUCAUCUGACCUAAUGGCUCACCAGCGAGUUCACACCGGGGAGAAGCCAUUCACCUGCUCAGACUGUGGGAAGAGAUUCACUUGUUCAUCCCAACUGAAGGUACAUCAGCGAGUUCACACUGGGGAGUGGCCAUUCACCUGCCCAGACUGUGGAAAGGGAUUCACUUGCUCAUCUGAACUGAAAGUACAUCAGCGAGUUCACACUGGAGAGAGGUCGUUCACCUGCUCAGACUGUGGGAAGGCAUUCACUUGUUCAUCCCAACUGAAGGUACAUCAGCAAAUUCACACUGGGGAGAGCCCCCCGACUGAUGGUGACUGUAAAUGAAACCUCACACUGGUUCCCCGGGAAUUUCACCUGCAGUGGCUGGUUAUGUGAACACGUACAUCCUAUGCCUUCAAAGCCAGACAGAGUGAUUGUAGCGUCUGACCGCUGGAAUCCCUUUUCCGAUACUGUUUCCUGAUCGAGAGUGGUUGUGGUUGCCCCCAUAUCAAUCAUAAACGGAAUUGGAAUUCCAGCAACUUGCAAUAUUACAUUGGGCUCUUCCUGAGGGGUGGAAAUCACAGUAAGAAGCAUCUUUGCUUGUCCAUUUCUAAGCGGGUUGUUUGCCCCACCUGUCCCGUGGUAGCUUUCUGUUCUUCUGAUCCCCAGAUAUAGCCCACUCGCAUCCUUCUUUCCACUGAACACCUUUAAUAUUAGUUCCCUUCAGGGUUGAUCAGGAUUCGAAAGUCCGGUCGCAAUGAUAUGUCAAAGCACAACGUAUUCCAUUUCGGUCAUUUUCAGGCCAAUCCAUAUUAUUUUUAAUCGUUUUGGCUAUCUAUAUUGGUAAGCAAUAGAACAGUAGGGCAUUAAACUGGGGGGACAGAUUCCCAUUAUUAAAGGCUUGGUCUCCUGCGAAAGUGCCAUAGCAGGCCACAAAUCACUCCCAAUAGUCUGGUCCCGAUUCCCCAGGGUUAGGUUUCCAUUCAACUACUUUACUAAUGUUUACAGGUUGCUGGAGAGCCCUUUCCAAGGCUUGAAUAAUCUGCUCUGUCUGUUCAUUCUGAUUAUGGUUUCCCGCCUGUAACUCCUGAUAGGUUUGGUAUCUCAAACCUGCAUUCCUUUUCCUCCCCUCAGCAGCGGAGAGAAUCAUGCAGCAGAGACUGAAUAAAUCUUGUGGAGUCGCAUUAGACAUUUGUGUAGUACUGUGGACAUACUGAGCAAACUGUAAAUAAAUAAAUAGAUAGAUAGAUAGAUAGAUAAAUCAAUCAAUCAAUCAAUCUUCUGCCGUUGCAUUAGACAUUUGUGUAGUACUGCGGACACA